GUACAUCUGACCAGUGAGUGGCGCUGUCGAACAAUUCACCUUUAGCAACACGUCCCACAUUCACUCGAAGAAGAAGAGUGUGUUUAUUCUUCCGGUUUCUGUUGCGUCGUUCAGAUCGUUGCGGUUUAAAAUCACUAUCCAACAAACUGGGCCUAUCGAUAGCUUUGUAAUGCUGCAUAUGACAUGGCUGUAUCAAUGAGCUCCACUUGUCCUGGGCUGUACUGUGGAAGGACCAUCAUAAAUGAAUCUAUUGAAGGAGAUUGUGGGGUCUGUCCUCGUGGCCAAAGGACAAACCUAGAGAAGAUCUGCAUGAAAUGCACUGGGUCUCCUGAGCUGUAUGACUGGCUGUACCUGGGCUUCAUGGCGAUGCUGCCUCUGGUCCUGCACUGGUUCUUCAUUGAGUGGUAUUCUGGGAAGAAAAGUUCCAGUGCCCUUUUCCAGCAUAUCACGGCCCUGUUCGAGUGCACGGCAGCUGCCGUAGUGACUCUGCUGCUCAACGAUCCCGUCGGCCAGCUGUCUAUCCGUUCCUGUGAGGUUAAGAUGCUUUCUGACUGGUACACCAUGUUGUAUAACCCCAGUCCCGACUACGUCACCACGCUGCACUGCACGCAGGAGGCCGUGUUCCCUCUGUACACCAUUGUGUUGAUCUACUACGCCUUCUGUCUUGUUUUCAUGAUGCUUCUGCGGCCACUUUUGGUCAAGAAGAUUGCAUGUGGCUUAGGCAAGACGGAUCGUUUCAAGAGCAUCUACGCAGCGCUGUACUUCUUCCCCAUCCUCACUGUCCUGCAGGCAGUUGGAGGAGGACUUCUUUACUAUGCAUUUCCAUAUAUUAUUUUGGUGUUAUCGUUGGUCACGUUGGCAGUUUACAUGUCAGCUUCAGAGAUACAGUCUUUCAAAAACCUUGUGGCUAAGAAGAAACGCCUCGUGGUUCUCUUUAGCCAUUGGCUCCUCCAUGCAUACGGUAUCAUUUCCAUAUCCCGACUGGAUAAACUGGGGCAGGAUUUGCCUUUGUUGGCUCUGGUGCCCGGACCCGCUCUCUUCUACCUGCUAACGGCCAGGUUCACGGAGCCGAACAGAAUUCUGUCAGAGGGUGGGAAUGGACACUGAUGUCACUUCCUUUGUAAGAGAACUUCUCCACAAACCUGCACGUUAGAACGGCACACAGAUGCCGUGGAACAACGUUUAAUUUAGUAACACCUUUGGCAUGGACGCCAAAAAGCCAUAAACAAAACAUUUAGUUAUUACUCAUGAUAUAUUACCAUAACAUUUUCUGUUACAUCUGUGAAUAUGCUUUUUUGGGGUAAAUUGAUUGUAACCUAAGUAUAUAUUUCAUUAUUAUUUGAAAUUUGUAUCUAUUGUCAAGUAUAGUUACAAAUCAACAAUUUGCUGUAAUAUACAAUGUAUGUUUUGUGUGAUAUAUACGAAACAGCUGGUCUGUGAAUUUGAGUGCCCUGAAGUAAUGUUAACCAUUUUCCUAUGACAAACUUUCUUGUGCCAAAUAUAAUUGUAUGUAUUUCCGCUUUCUGUUCAUGUGCGGUUAAAUCAUAGCUUAACACUAUAAAAGGAAUAUCUUGACAAAUCAUAUUAGCAUGUUAUGAAUGUUUGGCUGCUGAAUAUGUAAGUCUGCACACACAUUGUAUUGUGGGAAUAAUUCUAUGUAGUUUUCAAUGUUCUCAGACUCGCAUCCUCACCACUUGACUAAAGAUUUUUUAAACGUAUAUUUAUAAGUUCAACAGGUAUGUGGAAUAUAACAAACUGAUUAGAGACAUUAAUGUUUUAAACAGUUUUAUUGAAUAUGUAAUGUUUUACAUGUUGGUGGUGAGUUACAUUCAUGGCUAUCAAAUCAAUGAAAAUGAACAUUUGUCAACUGUGUUUGACUUGUUGAAUAAAUUAUUGUGACAGUU